GUGUGUGUGUGUGUGUGUGUGUGUUGCAUACAGGAGGGGAGCUCUUGUCUCUCCGCGCACACCGAGAGCCGCAAAUCCACUUCGGAGCAUCAAUGAGCGGAAGGACCGGAGGGUGCGGACAGACGGUCUGUAGCGGAUCCACCGGGCGAGUGAAAUCAGGACGACGUGAGAAUGAUGUCUGAAUGUUUUUAUUGUUGGAUUUCUUUUUCACCGAAUGAAUCCGGACGCGUAGCGGGACCGCAAAGGAGCGUCGAUCCAACGCGUGAGAGCUGCUGACCGUCCGUGUAUUUGUAAGCUGUUACAGACAAUAAGCAGAGGAAAUUACCCAUUAGACACAGUGGCAUUUCAUCAUCUGUGCUGGUUAUUAUAGGAGUCUGUGUUGUAAAGCACGGUGUCAAUGCUCCUUUAUGAUAUGAUCAAGAAGCCAUACUGAAUUUGUUAUUAAUAGUUCAAAGAAAAAGAAAAAAUCAAUGGUUACACAAUUGACAGGCAGACAGGAGAUUGAAGGCAGCAUAAAGGUUUCCGGCUCAUUUUGAUUUAUAUCAUAUAAAUUGUCCUUUUUGUUUUAUUACAACAAGAAACCGAAGCCAGUCAUGUCAAAGAAUAAGAGCAGCGAGUCGGUAAAGGUGGUAGUUCGAUGCCGCCCUUUGAACCGGAAAGAGGAGUCCAAUGGGCCUGCAGGGGGCAUCAUUCAGAUGGAUGUGCGGCUCGGACAGGUGAUCCUGAGAAACCCUCGAGCGCCAGUCAGCGAGCCCCAGAAGACAUUCACGUUCGAUGCGGUUUAUGAUGCAAACUCCAAGCAGCGGGACCUUUAUGACGAGAGCGUUCGGCCGCUGAUAGAUUCAGUUCUCGCAGGGAUCAAUGGCACCAUAUUUGCGUACGGGCAGACCGGAACUGGGAAGACGUACACCAUGCAGGGGGCAUGGAUGGACCCAGAGAAACGAGGCGUGAUUCCCAACGCUUUCGACCACAUCUUCACACACAUUUCCCGCUCCCAGUCUGAUAAGCAGUACCUCGUGCGGGCGUCCUACCUCGAGAUCUAUCUAGAAGAGGUUCGGGAUCUUCUCGAUCCCAACCACGGCAACGCCAGAGCCCUGGAGCUCCGGGAGAGUCCAGAGUCUGGGGUGUAUGUGCGUGACCUCACCUCGUGUGUCUGCAAGAGCAUCAAGGAGAUCGAGGAGGUGAUGAACAUGGGCAACCAGGCGAGAGCGGUCGGGGCGACAGACAUGAACGAACACUCAUCUCGGUCCCACGCCCUGUUCCUGAUCACAGUAGAGUGCAGCCAGCCUGGACCAGAUGGGAGGAAACACAUCCGGGUCGGCCGCCUCAACCUGGUUGAUCUGGCUGGCAGCGAGCGCCAAGCCAAGACGGGUGUCCAGGGAGAGCGCCUGAAAGAGGCCGCCAAGAUCAACCUUUCCUUGUCAGCUCUGGGGAACGUGAUCUCAGCUCUGGCAGACGGGCGCAGCAGCCACGUGCCGUACCGGGACUCCAAGCUGACCCGGCUGUUGCAGGACUCUUUGGGCGGGAAUGCAAAGACUGUCAUGGUUGCCACCUUAGGCCCGGCCUCCCAGCACUACGACGAGACCCUCACCACCCUCCGCUACGCCAACCGGGCCAAGAACAUCCAGAACCAGCCCAGAGUCAACGAGGAUCCCAAGGAUGCUCUGCUGCGUGAGUUCCAGAGGGAGAUCGCUCGCCUCAGGGCCCAGCUCAACCACAGGAAGUGGAGGAGCAAACAGAAGAAGGAGCAGGUGGACGGCGAGGGCUGGGAGCAAGACGGGGAUGAAGAGACAGAGGGUGAGGAAGAGGAGGGGGUGGAGAAGGAGGCGGAGGAGUACGUGAAGCUGGAGGAGCAGCGGUUGGAGAUGGAGACGGAGGCCAUCAGAGGGGAUCAAUUCAUGUUGGCUGAGGAGAAGCAGAAGCUCCUGGGAGAGAAGGAGAGGAUGAUGGGAGAUCUGAGGAAGGAGCAGGAAGCCACCGAGCAACUGACCGCCAAGUACAAGGCGAUGGAGAGCAAGCUGCUGGUUGGAGGAAAGAACAUCAUAGAUCACACCAACGAGCAGCAGAAGAUGCUGGAGAUGAAAAGGCAUGAGAUUGCUGAGCAGUCACGCAGCGAGAGGGAGAUUCAGCAGCAGGUGUUGGUCCAGGACGAAGAGACGCUGGAGCUGAGAGAGACUUUCACCUCUCUGCAACAGGAGGUGGAGGCCAAGACCAAGAAACUGAAAAAGUUGUAUGCCAAGCUCCAGUGCAUCAAAGCCGAGAUCAAGGACGUGAACGACGAGCACGUGAGGAGCCGACAGGAACUGGAACAAACUCAGAACGAGCUCACCCGAGAGCUCAAGUUCAAGUAUCUGAUCAUAGAGAACUUCAUCCCUCCAGAGGAGAAGAAUAAGAUCAUGAACCGGCUGACCUUUGACCCCGAGGAGGAUCAGUGGAAGUUUCAGCCUCUGGUUCCUGCUGAAAGUAAAUCCUCGCAGAUGAAGAAAAGACCGACAUCUGCAGUCGGAUACAAACGACCAAUCAGCCAGUACGCCAGGGUUGCCAUAGCGAUGGGAGCUCACUCCAGAUACCGGGCUGAGAACAUCAUGUUUCUGGAGCUCGACAUGACUCCUCCAAACACCGCCUCGCUAGCGGUGGCGGAGCCGAACCAAAGUCACUCUUUGGACAACUCGCCCACCAAGGACAGAGGGGUCCGCAAGUCUCGAUCCUGGUGCCAGACCCCAAAAUCCAUCACUUCCUCCUCUUCUAAUGUUUCCUUGGCGGCGUGUCAUACUGCCACACCCAUGGCAGCACAGUAAAGCUUUAGUAAAGAGGGGUUUUUUUAUCGUUAUUUAUUUUAGUUCCUCUGCUUCCUCUUCUUCUUUUCCCCUUCCCCUUUUGGCCAGUGAUCUUCUGACAGACUUCUCAAUGAGGCCUACAGCUGGGACACAAGCACACACCACCACCUAUGCCGAAUCCUGAGAGGUGAUUAACUGCAUUAAAGAGUCGUUAACAAGGACGUUAUCUUCUGACAGACAACAAAAUGACCUGAUGAACCUCAGAAACUCUGUAAAACACCAGUUCCUCCUGUUCUACAGAUGUAAAGACCCACCAGAACCCUUUCUUCCUUGCAUGUUUGAGACCAUGAGCCUCGGAUCAUCCUCUUAAACAACUGGCUGCAGUGCUGUACUGCCCAGACUGUUGUGUGUGUGUGUGUGUGUGUGUGUGUGUGUGUGUGUGUGUGUGUGUGUGUGUGUGUGUGUGUUAUCUGUAUAUGCAGGGCUGUAUGGCUGCCUGUUUGUGUUUCUAAUUGUGACAAAUACAGAUCUGACAGGUCACAAACUGCUUGAAUUGCCUGUAAGAUAUCAGUGUAAAUAUUUCAUGUAUUCAGGGUUUUUUCGGGGCAGGUUUGUUCUGUUUUCUGCGUAAAAGGGGGAGACAGAUGAGAUUAUAUUGUUAUUGGAAUUGAGCACAGUAGAGAAUAAUGAUGUAACAUAUGUUGUUGGUCAGACAAGGUACUCUGAAACCUGAAUGAUGACCUUUUGUCGUAUCUGUCGUCUUGCAUUAUUCUUGUGUCACCCCAACAGUGUCUCAUUUAAAAGCAACGCCUUUAAAUAAUCUCAUUAAAAUGAAAAUAGUGAGGCAAUGUCACGCUUCCAUAAAUCAUUUUACUGGGAUUUGUAUUCACAGCAGGGUAAUGGGAAACCAUUAAAAUCACGAAAAAAGAAUCUAAAGUUUGGCUCUUUUACAUCAGUGUCCAACGUUGGGUAACCAUAGUAACAACAAUGUUAACUGAGUGUGAAAUAGGUUUUUUUGUAGUUUUGUGUCAAAAUCAAAUCACUUACAAACUUUUUCUGGAGCUGGAUGGAGAUUAGAUUAUAUCCAUCCAAUGAGGAAGACCAUUAGAUGUGUUUAAUAGCUCAGACAAAGCUUGUAAGUAGACACUCACUCCCUCAGUGUCCUACUUUACCAGUUAACUCACUGGUAACGCAACUGUGGCUUAAACUAACUUUAAAAAACAAUGAGAAGGGAUUUUGCCUUUUGUAUGAAUGGCCACUUACUCAAAAUGUAUAUAAAAUAAUGGAGAAUGACUCUCUACUCUGCCUUAUGGUGUUCUUUUCAUGUAUCAGGACACUUUGUCAUUCGCUUUCCAUUCAGAGAGGAACAAACUCUGCUCUCUCUCUCUCUCUAAUCGAGAACCGGCUAAACAAUUGUUAAACAAUCAAAAAACAACAAAAGCUUCUAUGAAUGAUGACGAUAUGUACACUUGGACACAUCUACCUUGUUUGAGUCUCGUUCCCACACCAGCUACUUUAAACAUUCAGGUUGAGCGUACAGUACAGGAGUUAUUUAAUAUACUGUAGGUCUAUAAUACAGUAAAACAUCAUUUCAACACACCGGCUUCUGAUGGUGACUGCUCAAGUUGAAGUGCACCUCUCUGGCUCGUUGUUUAGACAGUCUGCAGUCAGGUGUGCACAGUUUUAGUGUCACAGGGUUCUUUACUUGCUGGAGGUUAAGAGGAGCAGACAGUGGGGGUUAGGGUGACUAAUUAUCACUGUAUUAUUGAUGCAAGAGAUCCAGUUGCAGCUGGACCCCCUGAUAAGUACAGGAGAGCACAGCAGCAGUCCUUAAAUAGUGGGUAAACAACAUUUAUUACCACUGUGCUGAACAUCUAGAAGCCUUUUUUAACCUUUUUUUUUUUUUAAAUACUUGAUAUACAGCAUUGUGUCCUGUGUGGUUCAUGACCCAAAAAUCAAACCAUAUCAUUCAUAAUAUCCGACAAUGUCCUCACAGAAGUUCACUGAGAUGUCAGUCCCGGAUCCUUUUAAAGGCAUGUGACAAUUACUUGCUCAGUCUAGGGCCGAAAGAGUGUAUCAGGUGUUUUCAUUAUGGAUGAAUCUACUAACAAUUCUUUUAAUUAAUAAAUUGAUACUUUGAUCUAGAAAAUUUCACAAAAUAGUGAAAAAUGUCUAUCACACAUGCGCCAGAGCCCAAAGGUGACGUCUUAAAAUUGUGUUUUAUGUCCGUCCAACAGUCCACAACCCAAAGAAGAACAGCAAAUCCUCAUAUUUAAGAAGCUAGAGGCAGAAAAUAAUUGUAAGAGGCUGCAUUCACACUCAUUUUUAGAAAAUAACAGUAACCUACUGAACCUCCCUGCCAGUAAUAAAAACAGUUAUGAGGGAAAAGGGUUAAAAUGGCAAAAAUAUGUUCUGUUUGUUGUACAAAUUACAUUCAGAAGCAGUUUUCUGUGUUAACCUACUUCUCUCACUGUCUGAACCAUUUACAGAUGCACACUGAGGAUUUUAUGUGUUUAGUCAUCAGUAUCUGGGUACAUAAUUGACCCAGUUUGUUAUAAAAAAAAAAAAAAAACUAAAAUGCUCUGAGGCUUCAAUGAAAAGGUUCUUGCUGUAUGGAGGUUAAAAUACAUGCAACUGUGCAUUUAAUGAAGUGAUGGAUGGAGUGGAGUUUCAGGUCUCAUUUCAGGGUGCUUUUAAUCAGAUAAAGAUAUUCAAAUAUUGAUAUUCAAGCAAACACUUUGACAAUUUGCAGCUCCUUUAACUAUUUAUCUCAGUGUAAUGCAACAUCAGUCACCUCUGCUGCCUCAAGAUAUCCAUGAAUUAUGGUCUAAAAAUAGAGCAGACUGUAAUGCAAGGAUGAACGUGAUUGGGUUAAAUAAUUUAGGAACAAAUGUACGAUGAAGAACAGGCAGUUACUAUCAGUCUACGCUGCCUCUAAACAUUGCUCGUUUACGAACAUUUGGUCAUAUUAGUCGGUGAAAUCCUCUGUGUACGUUUCCCGUUUGUGUCAGGGCUGUAAAAUAUUGUAUAAACGUGAGUGUGUGUGGGCUGUGGGGGGGGGGGAGGAUGACGAUGGAAGAGGGGGGGGAGGAUGGACGGAUGGAUGCAGGGAUCCAAAGACAAUCAGGAAGUGAGUCUGUGGAGGAGGUGAGCCUGUUUCCAUGGUAACCUGCCAGUAAAGGGGAUGGGGAUGGGGGGGGUUGUGUAUCUAUAUGUAUGUAUGUAUGUAUGUAUGUUACAUGGUCGGGCUGAGCUUGUGUCUGGCUAAGGAAAAAAAAAAAAAUUAAUAAAGACACUGUCACAGGCGCCGUGUUUAAAUACCUCUAAUCAA